AAACUUUGAGGUGAUUAUUUCAUUACGUCAGCAGGGGGCGUGAAGCAGCCGCUCACCUGUGAACGCUACGCUGCACAGGACACAGGAGUACGCUGUGUGGUGGAGUUUAGACGAAGGAGAAGCGUCGAUUUGUUUCAAGCAAAUGUCAAGUUUUCAGAGAGAAAAUGACGCUGCUAAAUCUCUGUUCAGGAGGCUCGAGUCUGCAGUUACUCCCAUCGUAUCCGGGGAGUACAGUCACCACCGGGACAGAGCUGCGAUGACAUCCCGGGUCUCCUUCACCCAAGCCCGGCUGGAAGCGGAGCUGGAGCGCUACAGGGCCGAGUGCCAGUGGGACAAGAUGCCGGCGAUCAUCGACCAGAUGCAGGCUGCGCGGUUCCACGAGGACGACGACUACGGGGCGCUGCUGAUGGGCGAGGCGCUUCUGGAGGAGUGCCUGCACGAAAACAUGGACCUAUUACGGAGCUCCACACCUCUGAUGGACAAGACCCAGCCCAAACUGUGCAGGGCCAAAGGCCACCUCAACACCGUCCUCAGCCGAGGCCGUCUCACACCCAGAUACUUGAACGAGGCUCUGCUGCUGAUGGCCAAAGUGCACUAUGUGCAGGGUCGCUACCGGGACGCCCAGGGGAUGUGUGCCAGGGUGGGACUGGAGGAGCUGACGCAGGAUGACCAGCCGACGUACCACCUCCGCCUGCUGGCUGAGGCUUUUGUCAUUAAAGGUCUUUCUCUGGACCACCAGACAGUUUCUGCAGUGUCUCGUGUCCGUCUGUCAGAGAGGGAGGAGGAGAGUCUGUCCUGUUUCCUCAGGGCCUGUGACGCUGCUCUGUCCUACCUGCAGGAGCUCGAUAAGAUAGUAACAACGCCCCACACCAAGACAGCCAAAGGCUGCCUGCUUCCUCCACCUGUGGACAUCGACCUGGGCUUCUUCCUGCAGGCUGCAUUACAGAGUGCUUACCUUUGUCUGCUGCAGAGAGGUCAUCUUGCGCAGGGUGCUCACCAACUGCGUAGGGUGCUCAGGGUGAUGGAGUCACGAGGGUCUCAAAGCUUCAGGAAGUCUGCAGCGAGGAAGCUAGCAGAGGUGCUGCUGAGCUCCGUGAGUGAAGACAGCUACUGGCCCCCGCUGGGCCCCCCACCGUCAGCCUGGCUCCACAGAGAGGGAGCCGCCGCCUCCAAAGACGCCAUCUAUCCCACUGUUAAACCACCGCAACGUUACAGCACCGACUGUUGCUUCUGUCCUCAGGACGUCGUGGAGGAGGCUGUGUUGCUGCUGCUCAUCACAGAGUCCAUGGCCAGCAGCGAGGCGGUGAUCAGUCGUCUGCCAGACCAGGCUGAAGCUCGCCAGGCCAGCCUGCAGGAUGCCACCUCUGUCUACGACCUGCUCACCAUCGGCAUGGCCAGGAGGGGGCAGUAUGCCAUGCUUUCUGAGUGCCUGGAGCGAGCCAUGAAGUUUUCAUUCAACGAGUUCCACCUCUGGCACCAGCUGGGCCUGUCACUCAUGGCGGCCAGGAAGGGGGUUGGUGCUGUAUCUGUAUUUAAAGAGUGUGCCAGGAUGAGACCAGAAGACCCUUCAUUGCCUCUAUUGGCUGCUAAAGUCUGCAUUGGUCAACUGCACUGGUUCGAGGAGGCUGAGGCUCUGUCGCAGAGUGUGGUGUCUAUGGGGGAAGAAGCCGGAGAAUUUCUACCCAGGGCCUACCUGGCUCUGGGACUCUGCUGCAGUUUACAGGCCUCUGAGGCCACUCUGAAAGCUGAUCGUAAUGAAUUCAACAUAAAAGCACUACAAGCUUUGAGCAAGGCUCAUUCAUUAGACCCCCAGGACUCACAGAUUGCUAUGUAUCUGGCUCUGCAGCUGGCACUUGUACGCCAGGUAUCAGCAGCCAUAGAGACCCUGCAGGCAGCUUUAUCUCUCCGUGGGGAUGACUUACACUCCCUCCACCUGCUGACCCUGCUGCUGAGUGCCCAGAAACACCACCGUCAUGCUGUGGACACCCUGACCCUGGCCCUCAGCCAGCACCCCAGCAACUUCAAUCUGCUGUUCACAAAGGUGAAGCUUGAAGAAGCCCUCUUUGGCCCGGCUGCAGCCCUGCAGACCUGUGAAGAGAUGCUGCAACGCUGGCAAAGCCGCUAUGAUGUCAGUCGCUCCAGUGAGACAGAUGACAGCAGCAGUAUACCGAUGGCUGAGAGGACAGAGGUCAGCCCUGGUGCCAGGAAACCCUCCAUCCACCUCACCCUUCCUGACUUCCAGGACGCCUCCACUGGUUCACUGAGCCCUUCGUCAGUUGCAGCGUCUCGUCUGGAAGCAGCACUCUCUGAGGUAUCGGACAUCAGCUCCACCCGUCGCCAAGGACCCACCUACAUCUGGACCACCCUGGAACGCAUUUGGCUGCAGGCUGGGGAGUUGUUCAUGGCAGACGGUCGGCUAAAGGAGGCCCAGUUCUGCAUCGCCGAGGCCAGCUCGCUCUUCCCCAACUCGCACUCGGUGCUGCUGCAGCGGGGCCGCCUGGCCGAGCUCCGGGGCCAGCUGGACGAAGCCAAAGGCCUGUAUGACGAGGCCCUGGCCAUCCAUCCCACUGGAGAGCGCAUACUUGUGCACAUGGGCCGUCUGCUGGUGAAAACUGGGCGUGUCCACCUCGGGGAGAAGGUCCUGCGUGAUGCGGUUCAGGUCCACAGCACCUCCCACGAGGCGUGGAGCUGCCUGGGCGAGGCCCUGCAGUCUCGGGGCUCCAGCCAGGCCCCCGACUGCUUCUUGACAGCCCUGGAGCUGGAGGCUUCCUGCCCCAUCCGGCCCUUCACCAUCAUCCCAAGGGAGCUUUGAGGAGCCUGGGCUGGGGUGGAGGUUUGGGUUAGGGUCAAGGAAUUGGCCUGUUGCUGGAUAACUAUACACUGGUACAGAUACAAUGAAAAGCAGUGCUGGGUGGAACAAUGUUCCUUAAAUUAAUAGUUUUGGGAAAUAGGCCUGUUCGCUUUCUCGUCUAGAGCAUGAUGAGAAGAUUGAUACCACUCCAGGCCCUCUGUUUCCCCCCAUUUCCUGUCUUUAUGCUAAGCUAAGCUAACCAACUCCUGGAUGUAGCUUCAUAUUUAAUGGCCAUAAAUGAUUGUGGUGUCAAUCUUCUCAUCUACCCUUCAGCAAGAAGGUGAAUAAAAGUAUUUCUUUUACAAGUAUAUUUUCAUUAAUAAGGCAUGUAACAAAUUACUUUUUCACUUUCACUUUCUCAAUUAUCAGUCUAAUUGUCCCCAAAAUACUAUAUAUGAGCAUUCCUUCUUAAUAAGUUAUCAGACAAUUGCAGACAAUGUCAUUUUGACUUAGUGUUGAAUAUUUAUAUGAAAACAGUGACAUUAAUAUUGGACAUCAAUGCUGUUCAUGCAGAAAAAGCAGCAGAGGUAUUCAGAGUUUUGCAGUUAAAAGAGCAGUGUACAGAGAAAAUAAUGUUAUAAUGUAAGUACUGUAACAAUGUAUAUCUUAUGUGGAGUUAUAAGUACAGAAGUAAUAACUCUUUUGCAAAUGACAAAUGAUAAGUAAUAUUUUUAAUAAUCAGAAUAAUUGGGUAUCACUUUAAUGGUUCAUUAAUCGCAGAGAUGUGCUGGUUGCAUCUUGAGAUAGAAUGUAUGUUGUCGUGUUAUAUGUUGAAAUGCAGAUACAUUGAUUAUGUAUAGGUCGUCAGUCACAGCAGCGGCUCCACUUCAUUUUUAUUUUGGCCUUUGAUGUAUUUUUGAUGAUCAUAUUGAUUGACACAGCUCUUAUGUACACACACACACACACACACACACACACACACCCACCCUCAUCAUCUUCAAAUGAGAGCUCAUAUAUUUUCUAACAGGGGCGUUCACAUAUCAUUCCAUAUGUCAUCAUUAUGUAUGUGUGUGUGCCUAUGUGCAUGCAGAUGUGUUUUCAUGCGGUAUGUCUUUACAUUAUGUAUCUUCAGGCAUGUGUGUUUGUUUUAAACCAUCCCUCUGGGGUAUUAACACUCCCUGUUCUGUUUGUACAGUACAGAAGGCGACUCAUCCACUCAUAAUGUAUGUGUUGUUUGGGGUUUUUUGACUCAUCUGUUUGUAAUGCUCUCCAUUAUAAACAACAAUGGCUUUUAAAAAUCA